UGCUAAACUGCUCUCGCUGCAUAUAUUCAUAAGACACCAUACAAAAUUACACCAAUACUAUCAGCAACUGUUCAGCUUCAAAAACGUGCUUUUUCUGUUUUGGAACCACGUUUAAUCUUUGAAUUAAUACAAAAAAAAAACAGUAUCAUAAUUAUUUGGUUUUGCAAUUUCUUUUUUCAAAAAAUAGUUUAAAAAUGGUGCAGCAGGUAGCUGACGAUUCGAAACUGUUCAACGAGGUCGAUUAUGUGGGAAGAGACAAAAUAUGGAGCGAUUAUGUCAAAAAUGAGGAAAAUUCAGCCAAAAUCUGGAAUGGUCAAUGGAGUUUUCUCAAAGGUAAUCCUCUCGACCUUAUCAAAGACAAAUACCCGCCCAAAACACCUGUCCAGAAACUUGACCUCCCAACUACACUCCGAGUGAGGUCAGUGACCCCUAUCAGCCGCUACAUCAAAGUGGAGCACUCGGGACCCGCCCCCCGAACAACCACCGGCGAGGUCGGCUGGAGAUCCGCCGAUCCCAAAUGUCAACUGGAGAUAUACGGGCACGGGAGACGUCCCAAACAGGGUAUCCUGAAACAGCUCAACUGGCCUAUCGAAGCCUGCCUCUAAAAACUAGCGCAAACUGGCCCAUAUAUCUAUCUAAAUGCCUCUUCACUUAAAGGCUCUUUCAUUGAUUAGAGUUAUCAUCUGAGAAAAAAAUUCAGCAGAAAUAAAUUAGUUUUGAAAAGUGA